AGGAUCGAGGAGGGAGGGGAUAUUUUAAUGGCCGUCAGUAGCACUACGAAAUGCAAAAAGUGUGAAUUAACCACUAUACUUAGACACUACUAGCCACGGCUGCGUGUUGGCGUCCUCUCUUUGGUAACGAGCAUUGCUUUUGAGACACAUUGGUGUUGGACACGUGUUUCAAGUGUUGUUUAAACGGACUUUACCCGCUUGAUUUGUAACCGAGUGGGAGAUCAGGCCUAGCCGGCUGGCUAACAAACAAGCGGACGUUCAGCUAGUCGCCGGAGUUGAAAGGGAACAUGUAACAUAAAACAACCAAUCAUGACAUCCAGAUUUGGUAAAACAUACAACCGCAAGGGAGGGGAGGCCAAUUCGAGAUUUGACGAGGUCUUCAACAAUAAAAAGCCCACCCUGACCACCAAAUGGGGGGAGACCACCUACAAGGCUCAGUUGGGUGCCAAAAGGCCUGUUUUAAAACAGGAAGUUUCUGAGCUUUCCAAGAGGCCCAAGCUUGAGGACAGCGACAGUGAUGAAGACCCAUUUGGAUUUGACAGUGACGAUGAGUCCAAGACUGUAACCACUCAAAGUGUGUCCCAGGCUGGAGUCAAAGAAGGGGCCGUGUCAAAGACAACUACAGUGCAGAGGAGUGGGACUGCCACUGUGGUUUCAUCUGCACAGGGCUCUGCAAGCUCAACAGCCUUAUUAACAACCAAGCAAACAUCUGAAGAGAGGGUUGUUAAAAAUAACCAGCCCUGGCUCAAAAGUACAUCAGAUAGCAACCAAAAACCUGCAUGCAAGGCCUCUUUGGUAAACAGAGUCCCAUCUGGUAAUCAGAAUGUCUCAGUGUACCAGAGGCCCAUCUCCUCCUCUCCUAAUGUAGUCACCAAUCUCCAACUGUCCACUAAUGCACCAGGCGGUAGCAGAGACUGCCACACCACUUCCUCUUAUGAUGAAAUGCCUUCGGAAGAAUUCCAAAAUGCUGAGCUAGAGCCUCCACCAGAACCAGUGGACAACAUUCCCCCAUCCCCAUUUAUCCUGAGGGCCUCAAGCUGCAAGAAAUACCAGCGACCCACCAAGGCUAACAAAACGUCCUCUGAACCGGCUGAGAACAACAGCAACAAGCCCACUGAAACGGCGAAUGCCCAAGAUAAACCCAACAGUGUCCUUUCUGCUAACGCAAGUGGUACUGCUGCCAAAGCUAAAACAGCAGCCAAGCCAGCAGGGAGGGGCGCCGGGAGGGUACGGGACUACACAGUUCUGCACCCUUCCUGUCUGUCGGUGUGCAACGUCACCAUCCAGGACUCAAUUGAGCGGAGCAUCGAUGAGAUGGUCACCCCAGCUGCCCCUGCUGACCUUGGAGAGGCAGGCCAGAUGAAGAAGAAAUCUGACACUCCCCCACCCAAACCUACCAGGUUCAGACCCACCCAGACAAAGACCAAGAAGACCAAGGCGGAGACCAAGCUAGAGUUCUUUGGCUUUGAGGACAAAGAGGAGCAGGGGGCCGAGGAGGGCUCAGAAGCUGGGAAGAGUAGCUACAAGAUCAAGUACUUUGGCUUUGACGACCUGAGCGAGAGUGACAGCGAUGAUGACGAAUCUCACGCCAAAGAGAAGAAGGCCAAGAAGGCGGCUGCAGCCUUAGCGGCUCUGAGCUCCGGUGUGGACAGCCCGCAUACCAGUGACUCUCAGGACAGCCAGGCCAGCAGCAAUACAGAGGCUUUUGACUUUUCUGAUGACUCCUGCACCGAGGGACAAAAAGGACGCCCAGGGAAGGCAGGUGACAAGUCCAAGGAUAAUGGAAGUGGACUAAAAAAGAUCUUCAGUGGACCCAAAAAGUCCCCCGCUAAGGCCGUGUACAACGCUCGCCACUGGAACCAACCCGAACCUGAGGAGGUACCUGUGCCUCCCCUUUCCCGUGCUCAAACUGCUCCGGCUAUUUUAUCGAGCAGCAGCAAAGACAGCAACUCCCAUAAAGAUGAUGGCUUGUUCAAAGCCCCCCCACCGCCGCCCAAAGUCAUUAAGUCGGAGACCCUCCCCACGCGACUCAACCAGGAUAUUGUAACUGCGCUCAAAUGCAGGAAGGAGCACAAGGAGCUGUACACGGUGGUGCAGCACGUGAAGCACUUCAAUGACGUGGUGGAGUUUGGAGAAAAUCAAGAGUUCACCGACGAUUUUGAGUACCUGGAGACGGGGCUUAAGAGCAGCCAGCCACUCAACACGAGAUGCCUUAGUAUAAUCAGCCUGGCCACACGCUGUGCCAUGCCCGGCUUCAGGAUGCACCUGCGGGCCAGAGGGAAAGUGGCACAAGUCUUCAAAAUGCUCAGUGAUGCUCCACAACACCCGAACCUGGGUCUGUGCACGGCUUCCCUGAUGUACAUUCUGAGUCGGGAUCGUCUUAACAUGGAUCUGGACAGGGCCUGUCUGGAGCUUAUGAUCAAGCUGCUGGAGCUGGACCAGGACUACUCGGCACAUCAGGAUCAGCUCACUCCGAAGGAGGUGGAAAAGGUCAAGGAGAAGAUCAGGAAGCUGUGUGAGACCGUGCAUAACAAGCACCUGGACCUGGAGAACAUCACGACGGGCCACCUCGCCAUGGAAACUCUGCUCUCUUUAACCUCCAAGAGAGCGGGGGAUUGGUUCAAAGAGGAGCUGAGACUUCUGGGAGGUUUGGACCACAUUGUAGACAAAGUGAAAGAGUGUGUGCAGAACCUGAGCCAAGAGGAUGACAAGGAGAACCUGGUUGCAGCUUUAUGGGGAGCGGAGCGCUGUCUGAGAGUACUUGAAAGUGUGACAGUGCAGAACCCAGAAAACCAGGCUUACUUGAUUGCCUACAAAGAAUCGCAACUCAUCGUCUCUUCCGCGAGAGCUUUGCGGUACUGUGAAGAUAUGAUUCAGCGAUACAGCAGGGCGCUGAACAACAGCUCUCUGUCAUUGUCGGGGGCAACGCUGCCCCACUGCAGCUUCAGUAACGUGGGCAAGGCUGUGGAGGACUGCAUGAGGGCCGUCAUAGGAGUACUGCUCAACCUUACCCACGACAAUGAGUGGGGCAGCACUAAGACGGGAGAGCAGGAACAGCUUACCGCUACUGCUUUGAAUUGCAUCCUCCGAGUUCCACGCUACAUCCCCCAGGAGCAGCGCUUCGACGUGCGAGUACUGGGUCUGGGGCUACUUAUUAACCUCGUGGAGUACAGCUCCAGAAACCGCCACUGCCUGGUGGACAUGGAGUACAUAGUGGACGAGAGCUUUCUGGAAGACAGCCUGGUGCAGCCGGCUGACCCAACACAAGCAGAGACAGCGACAGCACCACCUCCCGCUGCUGAGACUCAGGGAGAGGAUCCUGUCAAGCCCAAGCCCUCUGGUGCUCUGGCUGCCCUGGUGCAGUUCUUACUUGAGAGGGAGCGCGCCGCCAUCCUUGCUGAGGCCAAGACUGACGACCUCAUCAGCGAGGCACCAAAGCCGGCACUCGACAAAAGCGGAGAGUGGAAGGAGACGUCGGGGGAGAUACAGUGGGUGGCAGCCGAACCCAACGACAGCCAAGCGGAGACGAAAGAGGAUGAGAAGAAAGAGGAGGAAGAUGAAGAGUUGGAUCUGAAUAAAGCUCUGCAGCACGCAGGCAAGCAUAUGGAGGACAGCAUUGUUGCCUCCUACACCGCUCUGCUGCUGGGCUGCCUUUGCCAGGGAAGCCAGAUAAAUGUGACUACUGUGAGACAGCAUCUACCUAAAGGGGACUUCUCCAUCAUGACAGAAAUGCUGAAGAAGUUCUUGAGCUUCAUGAACCUCACCUGUGCGAUGGGCACCACGGGACAGAAGUCCAUCACUCGGGUCAUCGACUACCUGGAGCACUGUUAACAGACAGCCAGACCGGGAACUCACAGUCUGCACAUUAAAGGGACCCCAGUCUGCUGUGGUGCCCCCCGUCCCCAACAGGAACCACAGGGGGGGGGGGGGGUCAUUGGAGAUUCAGCAGCGUUCCUCUGACUUCACCAGAUCACUCUGAAUUGUUACCGAUGAGGGCGUGAACACACAAAUAGAAAAAAAGUUCCCCUCCCUCUCCGGAGCACAGCCUGAACCAAAGCCCUGCUAGCUGACAGACAUCACAUUUCUUCAGUUCCACAUUUCAGAGUAAGCAGAUUCAUCCUCAGACUCCUGGGAAUCAGGCAGAGGCUAGCGUGUCCUAAUACUCUGGAAACACCUUCUAUGAUAAUGGACUCACCACAGACUUGUUCUUCAAACAUCUUUAGGAGGUUUAACGGUCUGCCACCUGCUCUCAUUCCCGGUCACUUAGCCUCAGUGUAAACCUCUGAAUGAAAUUUAAUGGAUCAUUACAUUUUAAUCUCAUCCACAUCAAAGCCAAGGAUGAAAUCAUUGAUAAGCAUGAAAAACAAUCAUUUUCAUGGAUGUUAGGAUGACGUGUCUGUGUGUAAACCCGUGUGGAAUGAUUUUGGACGCUUAGCUCAAUGUUUGCAGUUGGCUUGAAUGUUGAAGGGACGCAGAGUUUUUAAAAAAUAUUUAGAUUUUUAUGUUUUAAUUGUGCCCGUUAAUUUUGUGAAACGGUGCGGGUUAGCAAGUCGCGUAGCUCUCUUAUAUGUUUUUAGAUUAAUUUUUUUCUUCAGGGCAUUUUUUUCUCACCCAACUCAUGAAUGACUGUUAAAGACAUGCUGGCUUUGAUAGGGGGGGGGGCCUUUAUUUGACCAAUAAAGGCCCUUUGGAAAUUUCAUGCUAUGAGGACUUUUAAAUGUCUUUCUUACAAAUCAUUAAUUGGAUCUUAUUUUACUUUGUUGAUUCUAUUUAAAUUCUAAUACAAUCAAGAGUAAGAACAGUAUGCAUUGAAACUCACAGGUAUAACAGAUGUGAUGAAUUACUCGUGAUGGUUGUGCUUCCUUUUUGAAUUUGAAAUGAAGUUAUUUUUCUUUUUAAAUGUAUUUAAUUUAACGCUUUCUCCUCCCUUUUGUAAAUGUAAACGUUUUUACCUAGUGAGAUGCCAUUUGUGUCUAAAGAUUCCCAUCCUGUUUCAUUUAAAUAAACCCCAUGUGACACAGCUCAGUGGCUGGACAUAGUAACAUGUAUGUGACAGAUUCGCUGUGAUUUAAUUUCCGCUUUUUUAAUCAAAAAAUGUUGAGAAAUUCACGUUUUUUUUCUCACGUUAAUUGCAUGGGGAUGACGACACGUUUCUGUAUGUCCAGCCACGUGUAGCUUCGUGUUUUAGUGUAAUUGUACCACGAUGUGUCUGCAUAUGAAAGCAUUCAUUAAGCUCCCAUUAAUUUAUUCUUUUGGUGUCAUUGUACCUGUAAUGAUGCACAUGGAUCUUCAAAGCGCCUCUGUCUUGUACUGCUCACAUGUAGGAUCACUGAUUUGAAACAGCCAUACCUGUAUAAGCAGAUUAGUUGUAUCUGGUUUGUAGGGCUGCAGUGAACACAACUGUUUACUGUGACUGAUUACUUUGCAAAAUUCUGGUCUGAAUGGAAUUUUAGAUUGUAAAUACUUCUGUACAUAGCGAUUAAUGGACAUUUAAAAAAAAUGCUUAGACUACUUUUUUCCCUGAAGCUGAUAUUUUUAUUUUAUACAAUAUUUCUGGGUUGUCAUUUGGAAAAACUUAAAAUCGCAGGAAGUGGAGAUAAAAAAAAAAAGUUUGUACUCGUUUCAAGGACACCGUCUUUGGUUACAUGUAAAUAAUUGUAUCUGGAAAAAGAAAAAAAAAGUUGCUACUUUCAA